AAAGUUUACCUCUCAGGUACCUCAGGCAAAGGAAAGUUUUUAAAAGGCUUCAGGCAUUUCCCCUCCCACCCCCGAGGGGUGCUCGGCUAAAAUCCAGGCAAUAAAGGGGAGGAGUUAAACUGGAUCCCUCCCCUUCUCCUGGGAAGUUUUAUCAUCCCAAACGCGAGCAAGGCUAGAGUUUGAACAGCAGGGAGUAGCUGCGCGCCCCGAACUUUCCCCAUGGUUUCGGUGACCAGAGCCGUGUUUGGAGAGCUGCCCUCGGGGGGAGGGACAGUGGAGAAGUUCCAGCUUCGGUCAGACCAGCUGAGUGUGGACAUCAUCUCCUGGGGCUGCACGAUCACAGCUCUGCAUGUCAAAGACAGGCAGGGGAAAGCCUCAGACGUGGUGCUCGGCUUUGCCGAGUUGGAAGGUUACCUGCAGAAGCAGCCCUACUUCGGAGCAGUGGUUGGGAGGGUAGCCAACCGAAUUGCCAAAGGAAGAUUCACGGUGGAUGGGAAGGAGUACCACCUGCCCAUCAACAGAGAGCCCAACAGUCUCCAUGGAGGCUUCAGAGGGUUUGACAAGGUCCUGUGGACCCCUCAGGUGUUGUCCAAUGGUGUCCAGUUCUCUCGAGUCAGUCCAGAUGGUGAGGAAGGCUACCCUGGAGAGUUGAAAGUCUGGGUGACAUACACCCUGGAUGGUGGGGAGCUUGUAAUCAACUACAGAGCACAGGCCAGCCAGACCACACCGGUUAAUCUGACCAACCAUUCUUACUUCAACCUAGCAGGCCAGGGCUCCCCAGACAUAUAUGACCACGAAGUCACCAUUGCAGCAGAGGCGUAUUUGCCCGUGGAUGAAACGCUGAUUCCUACAGGAGUCAUUGCUCCAGUGGAAGGAACUGCAUUCGACCUGAGAAAGCCAGUGGAGCUUGGAAAACACCUGCAGGAUUUUCACAUCCCUGGUUUCGACCACAACUUCUGUCUUCAGGGAUCCAAAGAAAAGCAUUUUUGUGCCAGGGUGCGUCAUGCCGGAAGUGGGCGGAUCCUGGAAGUAUACACCACCCAGCCUGGUGUCCAGUUUUACACUGCCAACUUCCUGGAUGGCACUCUGAGGGGCAAGAAUGGAGCAGUCUACCCCAAGCACUCUGGCUUCUGCCUGGAGACCCAGAACUGGCCUGAUGCGGUCAAUCAGCCCCAGUUCCCCCCUGUGCUGCUGCGUCCUGGGGAGGAGUACAACCACACCACCUGCUUCAAGUUCUCUGUUGCUUAAAGAAGGCUGAAGAUGCCACCCGCUCCCUCCCAUCCCGGUGAAGACAGAGAAGCAUUAAAAGUGAUCCUGCGUGUUAAGUCGCUACCAUAAUAGUCAGCUCGAAUACUGAUUUCCUUUUCCAACAGCUGGCUUCAGGCCAUGUCUCAGGACCAGCUGUGUUCUCUGUCUAGGUCGGAGGACAAAUUAGGCCCGACCUUAGUGGAAAAGUGGCCCUCUAGACUCUUGUAGCCUCCAUCUCUCCCGCUGUUGUCUUUAAGCCUUCCUUUCUUCGAUGGAGCUCUUUGUUUUUCUGUCUCCUCUUUCACCUCAGACUACCCUCCAGAAGUUAGUAAAACAGUUUUAACCCCAACUUGAGUUCAAGCUAUGAGAAUUCAUCUCCUUUCUGCCUCUCUCUACCUCCGUCUGCCUAAACAUUCCUAGGGUCAGUGAAGGGCAAGGAGGGGUUUGGAGCCUGCUCUGUCAUAGCCUUUCGUCUCAGACUUACUUUAGGGGCGUCAGGGGUGACUCAGCAGUGAAGAACACACUCUGCAGGAGGACCAGUUUAGCUCCCAGCACCCAGAUCAGGCUCACAGUGGCCUCUACCUCUAGCUCCAGGGGAUCGGGUGCCCUCUUCCAGCCUGCACGAGCACCCACACUCAGGUGCACACACCCACAUGCACACAACUCAAAGUGAGUCCUUUUUUUCUUCUUAAGUGAGGAGUUUAUUGAGAGUAGGUUAAAAGGGAGGGAAGAGAGAAAGAGAUACAGAGAGGAAGAGGAGGAAGGACUUGCCUACCUCUUCAAAAGAGCAGCGGGAAAAGAGUAAAAGUAAAUCGUAGAGAUUAAAAAAGAUUCACUUUAGAACCACUAGAGCGAGUUGAGCUAUCUUUCUAUGGUGUGACUGAAAUCGUAAGAUCCAAAUAUCCAGAAGGAUUUAGAUUUUCAGCCUUUGGGGUUAACUAGAAGCCCAGCUAGUGUGUGAGAAGAUACACAGGCCUGGAGGGCAGCAGAUGAGGGAGAACACCUCACACUAACAGUGCCUGGAGGAUUAAACUUGGCACGAGGAGCAGAGGCCACGUAGAGAUGAAAUGGCUGGAGACUCCUCUUUUCCUCAACGAUUGCAUCAUCGGUGAUGGGCUUAGGAGCGCUGAUUCUGAAAAAAAAUAUAUAUAUAGUUUAUGCUAUUAUCUGCUACAGGCAGUUGAAAUAAAACCAGAAUUUCACCUU